AAAAUGAAGUGACAACCGUCAUAGUUUGAGGCGUCACAUAAAACCGAAGUCUCGGUGAUCAAAACCCAGAACCGGAAGAAGAAGAAGAAGGAGCAGAAGAUACGCAUAGCAAUUUCCUGAAUCAUGGACAACGAAUUGCUGGAGCUUCAGCGACAAUUCGAGUUCGCACAGCAAGCAAAAUCAAGCAUCCGAUUAUCUGAUCGGAACGUCGUCGAAUUGGUCCAGAAACUGCAGCAACUCCAAAUCAUCGAUUUCGACCUUCUCCACACUGUUUCCGGCAAAGAAUACAUCACUCUCGAUCAACUGAGAAAUGAGAUGGUGGAGGAGGUGAACAAAUUAGGGCGAAUUUCUGUCAUCGAUCUUGCUGAAGCUACUGGAGUGGACUUGUUCUAUGUUGAGAAGCUCGCUCACAGCAUUGUAACCGAUCACCGAGAAUUCAUGUUGACGCAAGGGGAAAUCAUCACGGAAUCGUAUUGGGACUCGACCGCGGAAGAGAUUAACGAGCGGCUUCAGGAAUGCAGCCAGAUUGCACUCACAGAAAUUGCGGGACAACUGAAUGUUGGUUUGGACCUUGUUGCCUCAGUGUUGGAGCCGCGCCUGGGAACUAUUGUGAAAGGAAGGCUUGAAGGUGGUCAAUUGUACACCCCUGCAUAUGUUGCUCGUGUUAGUGCUAUGGUUCGUGGCGCUGCCAGGGGAAUCACGGUUCCGACGAAUCUGGCGGUGUUGUGGAGCUCCUUGCAGCAGUUGCUGCAAGAAAUGGAUGGAGCUAGUGGUGUGGCUGUUGAAGGAGCUUUCUUCCAGUCGUUGUUUAAUGGACUUGUGAAGGGAGGGGAGAUUUUAGGGUCGGUUCGUGCUGGAGUGCAUUGGACACCCGCUGUAUUUGCUGUUGCUCAAAAGGAAUCUGUGGAUUCAUUCUUUUCACAGAAUUCUUUUAUCAACUAUGAGGUUCUGCACAAACUUGGAAUUCCCCAGCCCAUUCAAUUUUUGCAGUCCAGAUAUCCUGAAGGCAAACCUCUUGUUACAACAUUUGUUCACCCAUCUAUGAUCGAGAUGCUAGAUACUACUACUGAGGAUGCUCUUGAGCGUGGUACCUGGAGUGAUUCUCUUUCUUUAUUGCCCUCAUCAUUUACGCCUCAAGAUGCAUCUAAAAUGUUGUCCCUCUGUCAAUCUGUUCAAUUGGCUCUUAAGUCUAACAAAGCACACAUUUUUGGGGAUGUUUAUGUGUUCAGCAGCAGCUUUAUGAAGGAAAUCUGUGAUCGCAUGGUAAAAAAAUUGGAGACGUUGGGCAUUUUAGGGUCUUCUGGCACUGCGAUACCUGGUGAUUCACAAUCAGCCAAUGAAGCAAAAGUAGGGUUUGAUUCAAGUAGGUUGAAUGAAUCUAAUGAAAUGGUGAGUGAUGGUGGUGCCAGCAGGCAUGCUGAUAAAGGGUCAAAGAAGAAAAAGGGUAAAGCCUCUGGAAAUGCAGCAAAUCAAUCUGAAAGUGGUCCAGAUAACCAAGAACAGACUUCCACAAAAUCUAAGAAAAGCCAGAGAAGGGGUAAGGAUACAUCUUCACAAAUGUCAGUUUCAAAGCCAAGUUCUAGGAAAGAAUCACUUCAAAUGAAAGAGGAUAAUCACAGUAGUCCCUCAGAAGAAUGGAUCAUGCAGAAGAUUGCAACCUUGAUUCCUGAUUUGGAAGAACAAGGUAUGGAUGAUCCUGAAACAAUUCUUAGGCCUUUGGCUAACAGAUUAAGGCCUACUAUAAUAAGUUCUUGGAUGGAGAAAAAGAAGGCAUUACUUGCAGACAAUGCAGAAAGAAUGAGACAUUUACUUGAUAAUUUGCAGAAGAAGCUUGAUGAGUCUUUCUUAAACAUGCAGCUGUAUGAAAAAGCCUUAGAAUUGUUUGAAGAUGACCAAUCAACAUCUGUUGUUCUGCAUAGGCAUUUACUAAGGACUGUAGCAGCUCCUAUGGUGGAUAUGCUUCUUCAUAACCUGGAUGAGCACAACAAAUUAAAGAAUGGACUUGAUGUGCAGGAAGCUCCAAAUUCCGAAUCUGUUUCAUUUAGUCCUGGAGACAGAGCUGCAGUUUCUAAGAGUUUUCCAGGAGCUCUUGCUGCUGUAGAAGCAUUGGAAGGAAAGAGGAUGGAAGUAUUCAUGGAUGCAUUUAGAAUGGUAACAGAAGAGAGUGGGUUACCUUUGAAAAAACUUGACAAGAAACUAGAAAGGACACUUUUACAUUCAUAUCGGAAGGAAUUGACAUCUCAAGUUUCUGCUGAGACUGACCCUGUGUCACUUUUGCCAAAAGUUGUGUCUUUACUCUAUAUCCAGGUUCACCACAAAGCUCUUCAAGCCCCUGGAAGGGCCAUUUCGGUUGCAGUUUCCCAAUUGAAGGAUAAGCUAGAUGAGUCGGCAUACAAGAUUUUAACUGAUUAUCAAUCUGCUACUGUGACUCUUUUGGCACUAUUAUCAGCUGCACCUGAUGAUGAGGAGAGUUGUGCAUCCGAUAGAAUUUUAAGUAAAAGGGAGCUUCUGGAGAGCAAAAUGCCGGACCUCAAAAGUUUGGUUUUGAGCACCUCACAGCCUUCAUAAACCAUUUGUAAGGCAAGGUGACCUGAAUCGAGCUUUAUUGUAGGGAUGAGCUAAUUUCAUGUUUCUUAUUUAAUAUUUUAGUCCACAUAAACUUGUGUAAAAUAUAAAUUAAUUAGUUUAGUCCAUAUAAACUUGUUAACAUUGCGCCCGCGAAGUCGAAAAUUCAAUCCUUAGAAGACACACUCUUGGGGAGACCUUUGCCCUUUAUCACGCUCGGGCCGAUUAGAAUUGCCACAAUAGAAGAUACCUAUGGUUAUACAAAAAAGGAACUUGUUGGCAUUAAGUUUUUUCAACUUUCCCACCCAUUAUAUUGAUUUGUUUUCUAACAAAAAAAAGGCCAGACUGCAUUUGUUUCAGAUUUCAAAUUCCUGAACUAAA